AUGUCCUGUUCUAUAGAUCAGCUUCUGGUCGGUUUAGACAUACUGCUAUUCUCAUCUAUCGACUUUCGCAUCAGUCAGUACGAGCAGACCGACAAACGAGGCUCGCGUCGAGCUGGUCACGGCUCGUAUUUCGCCAAUUUCGUGUGCACUGCAAAUUAG